UGUGUCUUCGAGGCUUCCCGCAGCCGGGCGGCCGCGCAGCCCCUAGGCUCUCGGCUCCUCUGCGCCCUCCGCGGCGAUGGUGGACGUGCUGGGCGGCCGGCGCCUGCUGACCCGCGAGGGCGCGGUGGUGGAAGCCGAGGCGGCCCUCCAGAACAAGGUGGUGGCUCUGUACUUCGCGGCGGGCCGGUGCUCCCCUAGCCGCGACUUCACGCCGCUGCUCUGCGACUUCUACGCGGCGCUGGUGAGCGAGGCGCGGCAGCCCGCGCCCUUUGAGGUGGUGUUUGUGUCAGCGGACCGCAGCGCGGAGGAGAUGCUGGGCUUCAUGCGCGAGCUGCACGGAGCCUGGCUGGCACUGCCCUUCCACGACCCCUACCGGCAUGAGCUGAAGAAGAGGUAUGACGUCACAGUCAUCCCCAAGCUUGUGGUCAUCAAGCCGAAUGGAGCGGUCAUCACCAACAAAGGGCGGAAGCAGAUCCGGGAGCGAGGGCUGGCCUGCUUUCAGAACUGGGUGGAGGCAGCCGAUGUUUUCCAGAACUUCUUGGGGUGAACCUGGAGGAAGCACGCAGGGCAAAUGCCUUCGAAGACGAUGUUACUGGUUCUCCUCUGUUGGGGGAUUUCAUAGCAGAAGCACUAGUUUAUGGCAGACAGCAGAACGUGUUCAGGAAAGAAGUGCGCCCUGCCUCUGUGGUUCCCUGGGGGAACUUAUUUUUCGUAGCUUUCUCCACCUGUACCUCUGCUCCAGGGCGCUUUGGCAGUGAUCUCUCAGGGAUCUCCGCAAGGUGCUCUCUCUGUAGACUUCUUUGGUAAAAUGACCUAUCAGGUGGUGCAUUUUCUGAAGACCUGUCACAGGUUAGUGAGGCUUUGGUAGUCCUAUUUAUAAAUCAAGUUUGUAGACUGUGUGUUUUAAUAAACCAACA